CAACGAGUUCCGCAAUAUCUCAACACACUACUCAUUCGCCCUCAACAACACUUUAUCACAGUGAUUGUCUUGCCUCUCUUUUUGAAUCUUGACAUUAACAGCGAUACUUUUCCGUCUUCACAUCUAUUGCUUCACCUAUCAUUUUCAGCUCAGUGUGUUUGACAUCUGUUUGACACUGCUUUUAUCAUAUCACCCUCAACUCCGGGUCUCCCCAGAAGCAAUGCAUCAAAUCACGCUUUGCAGUUCCAAGUGAUACCGUUCUCUUAUCCAGCUUUUGAGCUGCGAAUUCCCACGGAACCCCCUAUACGAAGCUUCCUGCCCAAGGAAAAGCACUCGGAGCGUGUUUGCAGGCAUGGACGGAGCAACAGAGAAGCCUGUCAAGAAUGUCCGCAGAAGCAAGAAGAAGCGAGGAAAUGAAAAGCUGAUACCAUGGCUAUAUGACCUGGUCCUCUGGGUAAUGUCGGUCUUGAUCGAACUGUUCUUCCGCGAAGUACAUCCACGCGGAGCAUGGAAGGUGCCACGCACUGGUCCCGUCAUUCUCGUGGCCGCUCCACAUGCCAAUCAGUUUGUCGAUUCCCUGGUCCUCAUGAGAAUCCUCAAGACCGAAGCGAGAAGAAGGAUAUCAUAUUUGAUCGCAGAAAAGUCCACACAUCGGAAAUUCAUUGGAACAUUGUCCAAGGCCAUCGGUGCAAUACCAGUCGGACGUGCGUUGGACAAAGUCAAGACUGCUAAGGGCAAGGUCUUCCUGCCAGACCCAGACAAUGAUCCUACCCUGGUCCGGGGGAUUGGCACCGACUUCCAGAAUGGUCAGUUCGAAGUCGGCGGUCUGAUUGUCCUGCCCAAAGUGCGCGGCCAAACACCUAGUACAGAGAUUGCCGAGAUCCUUUCCGCCACCGAACUACGAUUGAAGAAACCCUUCAAAACGCAAGAAGCCUUGGAGUCCAUCACAAGACCUGCCUCAAACGAAGAACCCUCUCCCGGUUGUUCAUUCAAGGUUGCGCCCUUCGUUGACCAGACAAAGGUCUACAAUGCUGUCUUUCAGGAACUCGAUGCUGGUGGCUGCAUAGGAAUCUUUCCGGAGGGAGGUAGCCACGAUCGGCCAGAUCUUCUACCUCUGAAAGCAGGUGUUGCGAUCAUGGCUCUGGGGGCAGAAGCAAAUCAUCCAGGAUGUGGUGUAAAGAUCAUUCCCAUUGGCAUGAAUUAUUUCCACGCACAUAAAUUCCGGUCUCGAGCAGUGAUUGAGUUUGGUCAUCCCAUCGAGGUACACCCUGAUCAAGUUGCAGCAUACAAAAGUGGUGAUCGCAGAAAUGCAGUGGGGUCCCUCCUUGAAACAGUAUACCAAGGUCUUUUAGCCGUUACGCAGGCCUGCCCAGACUACGACACCCUGAUGCUUGUACAGGCAGCGAGACGAUUGUACAACCCCUGGGGCAAGAAACUUCCUUUGCCUCUGGUGGUUGAGCUCAACAGACGCCUUGUCAAGGGUUACACCAAAUACCAAGAUGACCCCAGGGUGGUGUCUGUCAAGAAGGAUGUGCUCAACUACAACCGCCAACUUCGUGCUCUCGGGAUCCGAGACCAUCAGGUCGAAUGGGGCAACGCAGCCAAACGUCCGUGGUGGCUUGUGUUUGGGACGCUAAGCUACAGACUCGGCGAGCUAUUGGUGCUUGGUGUCGGUACUCUUCCUGGCCUGGCCAUGUUCUGGCCUGUCUUUGUUACCACCAAAGUCAUCUCGGUCAAAAAGUCUCGAGAAGCACUUGCUGCAUCGACAGUCAAGUUGCAAGGUCGAGAUGUCAUCACCACCUGGAAACUUCUUGUCGCCAUGGCUUUUGCACCGGCGUUAUAUGCCUAUUACACCAUUAUUGUCUCCCUGUGGCUGGUAUACAAUCGAAGAGGUGGCUAUUACACCUACCAAGUGCCGCGGUGGAUGGUGGCUCGGACAUAUGUGCCAGACUUUGUCCCCAUGUGGCUCUUUGCAAUCUCCUUCCUGAUCCUCUGUAUCGGCAUCACUUUUGCGGCGUUGCGAAUUGGAGAGAUUGGUAUGGAUGUGGUCAAAUCUCUUCCGCCACUCUUCAUUGCUCUCAACCCUCGUUCCUCGAGUCGAAUUGCGCGACUCAGAGUGACCAGAGCAGCAUUGUCCGUCAAGGUCACUGACCUCAUCAACACGCUCGGGCCCGAAGUUUUCCCUGAUUUCGACGCUGAACGUAUCGUCGCUGAUCCCUAUAGGGAAGGUGCAUAUCAGUCCAGUUACAAGAAGAUGCCAGAGGAACCUCAGAUGCUGGACGGCGGCGAGCCCUCGACCCCAACAUCUGGCGCGUUCGAGGCGGUUCCCGAAUCCCCUGGCCACCGAUCGUUCAGCUCUUUGCUACCCUCGAAUGAAUCUUUUGGCAACAUCGGUGGAUUUGGCUUCUUCGCCUCGCGUCCUGCCACCCCGAAGAGCCGAAGUCGAAGCAGUUCUGCCGGCGGAGCCCUCACGUCGGCCAGCAUGCCACUAAAGGCUCUGAGCACGCUGAACACCGGUGAGAGUUUCGAGGAGGUCAGCAAACGCAUCCGGGGUGCGAUGCGUGAAAGAGGCAGAAAGCGGGAAAGCGAGGGCGUCGACACGGGGACCGAAAGUAGCUGGGACAUGGCCUCGGAAGAAGGGGAGGAGGAGCCGAAGAAGGAGAAAUGAUGACCACGACCCGAGCUGUCACUGGUUCGUCCCGCUCGGUCUUUCGAGCAUGAUGUUGACGCCGACAUGUUUUUAUGAUGACGAGUGACUUGGGGAACUGCAUUUUCAAAAGGGGGAGAGCGUGCACAGCAAACUCAUUCCGCAUAACUUACUUGCUUGUAUGCCUUUUACGUCAACGUGGCGAGCAUCAUACGUAGACUAUGAGAGAAGUCUAUCAAUGUAGUUCUUGAUGCAUCAAUCCAUCAAUUUAGCUACGUCACACCGGAAUCGGAAACUUAGGCUGCUUUGGGUCCCGUACCUUUGUGUGUUCCGAGAUAGUCCGUACCCAUGGCAGCAAACUCGCAGUCUCGAGGGUUGUAGAAUUCGAGCAAGCCAGGGGGGGGACGUUGGAGCAGAAGUGCAG